CAGGGUGUCGGAAGGACCCUGUGCCCGGAUCCCGAGAGGUGGCCUUGGGACGGUGUGCCUGGGCCGCCCUGCCCGGCGGCAGAGCAUGUCCCGGCUGGACCUGGAGCAGCUGGCCGAAAUAGAGCUGCAAAGAGAUGAAGAGGAGGCAGCUGCCCUGAGCAUGGCGGGAAGGCCCUUGGUGAUGCCCACGACGGGAAGGCCCUUGGUGGUGCUCACGGCUGGCCAGGACCCGGCGCUGAGCAUGGAUCACCCCUUCUACGACGUGGCCAGGCACGGCAUCCUGCAAGUGGCAGGGGAGGACCGCUUCGGGAGACGAGUCAUCACGUUCAGCUGCUGCCGGAUGCCCCCCUCCCACGAGCUCAACCACAGGCGUCUGCUGCAGUAUUUGAAGCACACACUGGACCAGUACGUGGAGAGCGACUACACCAUCGUCUACUUCCACUACGGGCUCAACAGCCAGAACAAGCCAUCCCUGAGCUGGCUGCAGAGCACCUACAAGGAGUUUGACAGGAGGUACAAAAAGAACUUGAAGGCGCUGUACAUCGUGCACCCCACCAACUUCAUCAAAGUUCUGUGGACCAUCUUCAAACCGCUCAUCAGUCAUAAGUUUGGGAAAAAAGUCAUCUAUUUCAACUCCUUGAGCGAGCUCCGCGAACACCUCAAAUAUGACCAGCUGAUUGUCCCCCCGGAGGUUCUGCGGUACGAUGAGAAGCUCCGGAGCCUGCACAAGGGCAGGUCCUCCCCUCCCGCCAAGACACCGCCGCCGCGGCCCCCCCUGCCCACCCAGCAGUUUGGCGUCAGUCUGCAGUACCUCAAGGACAAAAAUCAAGGUGAACUCAUCCCUCCUGUCCUGAGAUUCACAGUGACAUACCUAAGAGAGAAAGGACUCCACGCCGAAGGCUUGUUCCGGAGGUCGGCCAGUGUCCACACCAUCCGCGAGAUUCAGCGGCUGUACAAUCAAGGGAAGCCCGUGAACUUUGAUGACUACGGGGACAUCCACCUCCCUGCCGUGAUCCUGAAGACCUUUCUGCGAGAGCUGCCCCAACCACUGCUGACCUUCAAGGCCUAUGAGCAGAUUCUCGAGAUCACCAGUGUGGAGAGCAGCCUGCGGGUGACGCGCUGCCGGCAGAUCCUGCAGAGCCUUCCAGAACACAACUAUGCCGUCCUCAGCUACCUCAUGGGCUUCCUGCAUGAGGUGUCCCGGGAGAGCAUUUUUAACAAGAUGAACAGCUCCAACCUGGCGUGUGUCUUCGGGCUGAAUUUAAUCUGGCCGUCCCAGGGGGCGUCCUCCCUGAGCGCCCUCGUGCCUCUGAACCUGUUCACCGAGCUGCUGAUCGAGUACUACGGGAAGGUCUUCAGUGCCCCAGAGGCCCGUGGGGAGCCCCGCGCCGACACCCCGGGGCAGGUGAGCCGGGCGGCCCCUUGGCGAGAGGCCACAGGGGAGACAGACACCCUGCGGGCCCCGUCUCGCCCCCCGCGGCCCCCGAUGGCAGCCGGGACCCUCCGCUAG